GCAGCUGACGAGCUGAACGGGCCUCUUCCCCCGCGGUUUCUUGGAAAGUGCAAUAAAAGGAAAGACUAUGAGUGAUAGCACAGCCACUACUAUAUUAUACAAGGCCCCCUUAGGACUACUUCGUAAGCUAUUGGAGCGGCUGAAAGUGGUCAGUUGAUUUAUAUAUCUCUAUCGAUGUCGUGUGAAACAUACCCGCAUACCUACAUACCUACUUGCUUUUCCUAUUUCAUAUGGCUAGGUAUGAUUACUGCUAUACUAUAAUAUACUCUAUACCCCACAUCUACGUCUAUACUUCUAUACAUACCUAGCUUACCAACACACUCGUCCCUCUCAGCCCUUCGGAAUGGACCAGGCGAACCUAGCCGCGGCGUGGCUCUCGUUCGCCGCCACGGCGGUCGGUCUCGGAGGCUUGAUCUCGCAGGCAAGCGCCAUAAAUGACCAGCUGGACCCGUACCACGCCAACCGCACGGCCGAGUACCUGGGGAUAUGGUUCCAGCGACAGCAGCGGUUCCCCUGGUGGCGCAUCGCGAAGCCGCCGCCCCUGGGCCCCGUCAUCAGCGCGCACAUGGCCGACGGCUUCUGCGGCGUCAACGUGCUGCACCUCGCGCGCAUCCCCGUCGUGUCGCCCGGCCGCGCCGGCUGGUCGACUAUCCUGGCCAUGUUCAACCACGAAGCGCCUGUGCUUCUGCCGGGUAUGUCCGGUUUUGUUUCGGAUAGCGAUGUGGAGAAGGGGAAAGGGGGUGCGAGGGUGGAAGUGGGAGGAGUAUCGCCGCCGAAGAGCGCGGGGAGCAGCGCGAGUACUGCAACGGGCGAGGCGCUGGAUGUGGGGCGUAGCGCGAGUUGGCCGCAGUUGGAGCGCAGGGCGUUGAAGAGGCAUCAGACGUACGCGUGUAUCGUGAUCUCGCGGACGACGCUGAUCACGAUGCUGGUUGUGACGAAUGGACGCCCCGUGUUCCAGUACAGCGACGCUACAGGGUUCCGGGCGGGCUAUGCGUCGUAUUGCGGGCAGUGGUACAUAACCUGGCCCAUAGGCCAAGAAGCCAUCGUCAAGUUCGCCGCGCACGACAGCAUCGGGUCGACAGAGGUGCUCCCGCGCUCCUUCGCGCAGCGCGUCGACCGCUGCGGGCAGAUGGCCUCGGGCGUCGUCUGCUCGCCCUCUUCCACCAGCACCUCCUUCGCCGUCGGCUUCUGCGGCCGCAAGCCGGGCGGCGACUACCGCCUCGAGCACGCGCCCAAGGGCUUCCAAGGCGCGCAUUCCGGCCGUCACCUCUAUAACAUGAUGGGCGGCAAGGCCUUCGAGGUCGACUUCCUCGACGCACGGGAGGUCUCCUACAUCGAUCCCGACUUCGCCGCCGCCGUGUAUAACGGGUACGAGAGCGGGUUUCUGCCCAGCGGAACGCAAGGGCAGAGGAAAGCGGAAAGGGACGUAGUGCUCAACCUACCAGGCAAGCAAGACGGCCGACUCACAGUCCGCAUGCUCGUCCCCGCCCCCGAGGCGCGCGUCCUGCGCCAGGCGCUGGAUUGCCUGCCCUGGACCUCGCUGUCGUGGAGCGCGCACCGCGGGCUAAGGGACGUGCUCCUCGCGUUCGGGAAGCCGAUCAUGGAUCUGCACCGGGCCGCGCUCGCGGACAUCGUGAAGCGCACCGUGGCCGAGCGGCCCGACGCGUUCCGCGCGCGCGGCUGGGACGCGGGGUUCGUGCGCGAGAACAUGGGGCUCAUGGGGUCGAGCGCGGUGCUGGCCGGCCGCGGCAACUCGGGCGACGCCGUGCGCGUCGUGACCGACGUCGUCGCCGCGUACGUCGGCGACUGGGACGUCGGCAGGCUGGACGAUGUGGUCUUCUGGCGCCGCGAGGACGUGCGCGAGGUGAGGGAGUUGGAUAAGCAGGCCGUCGUGGCGCUGACGAAACUAUUCGUCCUGGAGUGGAGCCAGGAGUUCGAUUAUCAGCUUUACCACCACUUGCCUAUAUCGCUUUAUUUCGGGUGAUGGGCUUGAUCUGGUAUAGAAAAUAGGUAUGAAAGACGAAAAAGAGGCUAGACAUUGGUUUGGGUUGGUGCCUUUGGGAUUUGGGGUAUGGUGAAGAUACGAGCAUAUAAUGGAGAUUGCAUGGUCGGGAGGCUUAGUACAUAUAUGUUUAGCAAAGCGUAGAUAUCCCUAUUCAUCAUUUUUCC